AUGGGAUCAGACGGUUGUGUAUAAAUACCGUGGCAGUGUGCUCCGCUAGCAUACUUGCCUUGUUGCGUUGUCACCGCAUUCACUGAAGACAAGAAAGCUAUUUUACAACAGAAGAAUGGAAAUCGCAAAGUGUGUCUUUGUGGCUUUUGCCUUUUUGAUUUUGGGAUCAAAUGCCGUACCUGAGUACCGGAGGGUUUUAGCCCAUUAUGGAGAUGAAGUUACAGCAUACGAAGAUGUGAUGAUUGACGAAGAAGCAGAGCUAAUCGUUACAACCGUCGCCAAGGUUUCAUCCAAGAAAUUCACGCCAUCAAUGUCAUUCCAUGACUUUUCUAUGGGAUAUACUGUCAAUAAACUAGUUGAGAAGGGAGUUUGUUACAUAUCGAAAAAUAAACACUCUAUUGAAACUUUGAUAGAGGUCCUCAACCAAGCAGAAAGAGACAAUGGUGACUAUGAAAUCAGACAGAUAUUCAAGUGUACAUCAAAGACAUUUGUCGAACCGUCGGAGAUGCAAAAGUACGGAGAGCGGAUAGCAGCCUUCUGUAAAGAGUACGAGUCCGUGUUUGUUGUAAGAGACUACAAAAUGCGCAGUAAGAGAGAAACUUGGUCCUUUGAAGAGAACGCCAUUGCAUGUAAUGUUUGCAUUGGAAUUUGUGGGUAAAUCGCAGUUGUUGGAGAAAAAGACACAUUUAUAUAUGUAAAGAUAAAAGAAAGUGUUUUGAUAAUGACAAUCAUCAUCAGCAGUUGUAACAUUUAUCAUGAAUGUACUAUAUAAAGCCUUUCAGUGAUUAUUUUCCGUUGUCUUGUUUAAUGGUCAAUUCAUCUUUUACUUCUCAAAACAUAACAAACGUUGUAGAUGUUUUAUACAUCUUUAUACAUCUAUAACCGACUUGAAACAUUGUAUACAAAUAGUUCUACUCUAUGUUAAUUCAAUACGGAACAAAAUAAGCUUUAGACAGUUUAUAUAAGCUUAAACACGAAAUGAUUUCUUUAUGUUUACAUGUAUCGAAUAUGUAGUCCAAUAAACAUAAAACAACUUCUUUCAA